AGCGCGCCACCAUCACGACACAACAGCUUGCCUGGUGUGCAAGGCAUCUUCAUUUGUGACUGUUGUCCCAAGAAGCCAAAGAAGUUUACUAGUGAAGACGAUCUGAGAGCCCAUCACAUGGAGAAGCAAUACUCCUGCCUCUACUGUCCUAACCGCUUUAAGAACAAAAACGAAGCGGAGCGGCAUCAGAACUCGCUACAUCUACGGCGUCAUUCGUGGUCGUGUGCAGCUCUCAACACAAUCGAGACAGCUUUCCACACAUCACCUACCACAAAUGGAGCAACAGAUACCUGCGGCUACUGUGGCGAUGAAUUUCCCAAUCCACCAGACUGGAACCAGCGACGCGACCAUGUCCUUGGGACACACAAAUUCGGCGAGUGCAAUCAAGCAAAGAAGUUCUACCGUGCCGAUCACUUCCGCCAACACCUCAAACACAGCCACGCCGGCACGAGCGGGAAAUGGACAAACAUGCUCGAGACGACGUGCAUGCGGGAUGAACCACUACCACAACCAAUGUCUAUG